CUUCCUCUGAUUUUCCCUAGUAACCCACAUGGAAACCGAUUUCCCUGUGUUUUGAGUUGUGGCGCCCUUUGCGGCGGUAAAAAAUUCUCGAACGUAAAAUAGUCGUUUUAUUAGUCUCACAGUCUUUACAUCACUUAUUUACCUAGUUUACACAGCUAUGAAAAUCGAGGAGGUAAAAAGCACCACAAAAACUCAGAGGAUUGCCUCACACAGUCACGUCAAAGGACUCGGGCUAGACGAGGCCGGGAAUGCUAAACAGACAGCAUGUGGACUAGUGGGCCAAGAGGCUGCAAGAGAGGCUUGUGGCAUCAUUGUUGAACUGAUCCGCUCAAAAAAGAUGGCAGGAAGGGCAGUUUUAUUGGCAGGACCACCUGGAACAGGAAAGACUGCCCUCGCUUUGGCUGUAGCACAGGAGUUGGGAAACAAAGUGCCUUUUUGCCCAAUGGUCGGCAGUGAGGUGUACUCAUCUGAGAUCAAGAAAACAGAAGUGCUAAUGGAGAAUUUUAGGAGGGCAAUUGGACUGCGCAUCAAAGAAACAAAGGAGGUGUAUGAAGGGGAGGUGACAGAGCUGACCCCCUGUGAGACUGAGAAUCCUAUGGGUGGCUAUGGAAAAACCAUCAGCCAUGUCAUCAUUGGCCUGAAGACUGCCAAAGGAACAAAGCAGCUCAAGCUGGAUCCCAGUAUCUAUGAGAGCCUACAGAAAGAGCGUGUAGAAGUUGGAGAUGUCAUCUACAUAGAAGCUAACAGUGGAGCUGUGAAGAGACAAGGUCGUUGUGACACCUUUGCAACAGAGUUUGACUUGGAGGCAGAGGAAUAUGUUCCACUGCCCAAAGGCGAUGUCCAUAAAAAGAAGGAGAUAGUCCAAGAUGUCACACUGCAUGACCUGGAUGUGGCAAAUGCCAGACCACAGGGAGGUCAGGACAUUCUCUCCAUGAUGGGUCAGCUGAUGAAGCCCAAAAAGACAGAAAUCACAGAUAAACUUCGUGCUGAGAUUAACAAGGUGGUUAACCGCUACAUAGAUCAGGGUGUGGCUGAGCUCGUACCGGGGGUGCUGUUUGUGGAUGAGGUGCACAUGCUCGAUAUAGAGUGCUUCACGUACCUCCAUCGUGCACUGGAGAGCAGCAUUGCUCCCAUUGUUGUGUUUGCCUCGAACAGGGGAAACUGUUUAAUCAGGGGGACAGAAGACAUCAGCUCUCCACAUGGGAUUCCUUUGGAUUUGCUGGACCGAGUUAUGAUUAUUCGCACCAUGUUGUACACGCCGCAAGAAAUGAAGCAGAUCAUCAAGAUCCGUGCUCAGACUGAGGGGAUCAGUAUCAGUGAGGAAUCUCUCACACACCUGGCAGAGAUUGGCACCAAGACCACCCUCAGGUACGCUGUACAGCUGCUGACCCCAGCCAGUCUGCUGGGCCGUGUUCAGGGCAAAGAGACCGUGGAGAGAGAGCAGGUCGAGGAAAUAAAUGAGCUGUUUUAUGACGCUAAAUCUUCAGCCAAAAUCCUCCAAGACCAGCAUCACAAGUUUAUGAAAUAAAAUAGAUUUUUUUUUUUUUUUAUAACUGUCUACAGGGCCCUUAAAUCACUUUUUCUUCAGUGCUUGUUCUGUGCUUUGUCAGUUUUGGUUUCAUUCAUCUCUCCCCUUCAUCCUUCAUCCAUCUAGUGUCUUUUCCUCGCCUACCACACCACUGACUGUAGAAGUUUACUCAAUUUAAAGUUUUAUUUGUUCUAUUUGUUGUUGACAAUUUUUGAAUAAAAAAGAAGACAUCUCAUCA